CGGUCCAUCGCUAAUUUGUUUUGGUAAAUUCGACAAAAAAAUCAGCUAAAUGUAAAUAAUCAUGUCGUCGGGCAAAGGAGGCAGCAAAAAUGGUGGCUACUCAAUUUCUGGAACCCUCAGCGAAGAUGAGGAUAAACUGGUCUACAAUUUGCGUCAACGGGAUGCUUUGCCAACGGAGAGACAACCAGCCCAGAGUCGUCUCAAACGGCUGCAGACCACUUUGAAGCGGCUGCAGGAGAAGGAGUCGCCGACAAAGAACAUUAAGAAGUCUGAUGGAAACAGGAUGACCCGAAGGUUUUCAAUGUUUACUCGUGAAUCGCCGCCUCCAGUGAAAUUGCCUACCCGCAGGACGUCGACAUGUUCGGACACGCCACCGCGAUCUUUGCGAGAACGUCUAAGGACCAAGGUCAAGGUUAAGGUGUCGUCGCCCCAAAAAGCCUGGGAGAAGCCAAAGGCCCUGCUGGAUUCCAGCAAUCGUCUUCAGGAGGGCAGUUCCCAAAGUGCCAAUCAGCGCCUAGCGCAGCUCCGGGCCUCUCUUCGCCAGCAACAGGAGGCCAAGGAAUCUAACAAUAACAAUAAGUCCACCGCAGUUGUUCAGGAAACUCGUACACAGACACCAAACAAGGUUAACGUUUGCGAUCUCAGUGGCAUAAGUGCAGUUAAUGACUCCACGGCGUGCGAAGCAGAGCCAGAGUCCAUGGAUUGGGAAGAGAGUAUCGAGGAGACGCAGAUUGAGCCGCCGAACCAGAAGAAACCCAAUGGGAACGAAGCGAAUGAGAUUAGCGACAUCCUGUUUAUGCGCCAGGCCAGCGGCGAGGAGGAAUUGCCCACACGCCUUCUGGAUCAUACGUACUUUGUCUUGGACACGAACAUCCUGAUGCACAACAUCAAAUUCGUGGAGGCAUUAACCGAGGUGAUCCUACCGGGUACAGUAGGAAGCAUGCUGUACAUUCCCUAUGUCGUUAUUAAGGAGCUGGACAAGUUGAAGAUCUCAAGCGAGAACAAAAGGGUUCAGUUUGCCAGGCAAGCAAUAAGAUAUUUGAACACAAAAUUUGAUGAAAGUUUGCAAAUACAAGCUCAAUCAGCCUUAGAGGCGGCGGAGCACCUAAUCGAUGUGGACUCUCCGGACGACAGCAUCAUUAACUGUUGCUUGCAGCUAAAGGAGCAGGUGCCAAACUUGAUGCUCCUUACCAAUGAUAAUAAUCUCCGCCUCAAGGGCAUAGCCUCGGACAUUCAGGUCUCCUGUCGCUCCGACCUCCUGGCCGAAUAUCCGGAUGAGUUCGCAUUUCUAAGCGGAUAGACGUGGGCCUAACUCGUUACAAAAGACUGCGAUUGUGAUACAGGAUCCGUGGCAGCCAAGAUGGAUCCACCGUUCAAGCCACUGCACCGCAGUACAUAUGAAGUACAAUCAACUAUUUUCACACAUCACUUAGUCUUAUUUAUGAAGUUUUAUAUAAGUGUUUUCUGAUGAAAUAAAGUUUAAUUUUGGAGAA